AUGCGUACACUUAUUUGUGGGCGAAAAGCUAUCAAGCCAAAGAGGGAGCUACUUAUCAAACGUUUUCAGAACGCCGUCGCUGUUUCUGUUCUGCUCGGCCUAACUUGGGUUUUUGGAUUCCUUGCAAUUGGUUCCGAUUCGUCUGCACGAUAUGUGUUCCAGGUCUUAUUCUGCUUUUUCAACUCGCUCCAAGGCCUCUUUAUCUUUGUUCUGUUCUGCGUACGACAGAAAGAAAUUCGCGAUGAAUGGAAGAGAUGCUGCAAGAGAGGUGACAGAGCAAGUAGAGUAAAAUACGCUACUGAUACGAGCAGCAAGGGAAAGGUUAAAGAACAUAGUAUUCCAUUACGGAACGUUUCUAAUCAGAGCACUAAUUUGUCUACUAAGACAAAUAGCCAAAUGUAA